CACCAGUAGCAUGAGGCAUUGGAAUUGGAAGUGGAAGUAAAAGUGCCUCAGAUGAAGAACCCCAAACCGUUCGAUAAAUGAUAACGUUGCCCCACGAAGAAUUAAUAUAAUGUAAGAGGCAUUGGUCGACUCGAAACUUCUGGGACAUACUGUACAGGUAGAAGUACAAGAAGUAGAUAUACUAGACACAAGUACCUAGAUACCGGAUUCGGGACGGAAACGCGGUUGGACGGUGGCGGCGUUACAUAUAAGGAGAGGGCAAACAAGUAUAUGAUCCUCGAUCCUCUCUGGUCGGGCUCAGGUCGCUCAGGGGGUUAAUAUAAGAGGAUAGUUGGCGAUCGAGAAGGUACGCAGCUGGCUGUACAUGCAUAAGACUUUGCUGUGUACUAUGCUAUGCUAUACGAAAUACGCGCAUGCCCGAGUUGUUGUUGUUGUGGUGGUGGUUGUCGGUGGUAGUGGCGAAUCGUCGAUUCUCGAACCCUUAUUAGCGUGAUCCAAAAAAAAAAAAAAAAGAAAGAAAAAAAGGAAGACGACGACUACGACGGAAUAAAAGCAGGAGAAAAAAGUUUGUUUCGAAACGGCAAUAGCUAGGGUAAUGGUGGCGGUGGCCGAACCCCAUAUUACUCGUAUACUCGCGUACAUAGUGUAGUAUGAUCUAUGUGUAUAGCGUGUAUUACACAUAGUUCAGCUAUAUCGGUGAGCCUGUGUGUGCGAGUUUUGUGUACAGCACACACACAGGUAAGGCAAAGUAAAGGUAAAAGCCGUCGUUAUAAUUUCCAGGUGUUCGCGAAGUCUCUCUGUGGGCUGUAGACGUACCUACGUAUACUUACGAUAGAGCGGUGUUCGGUUUUCGAGUCCGCGGGUCUUCGGUGGUGGAUUACAAGUUGCGCGCGUUCGGUGUGAUAUGUGUGAACCGAGGUCGUGCGAUACGAUUUUACCUUACCUUUUAAUGUUUUCAAUUCAAUGUACGAUUCAGCGCGUGUCAGAACGGACGCGAAUCGGAUUCGUAAUUUUCCGUUAGAAUUUCGCGUGUUCCGGCCCCAUAGGCCAGACGACACUGCCGGUGUUUCGGUCCGGCCGCAAACGUAAACGUAAGAAGAGUCCCGGCGUCGACGGCGACCACGUGCUUUUCGCUUCGACGACGCGUCAUCAAUUUAAUCUGGCGCGGUGACCGGUGUGAAUGAAAAAUUUCGCGGUACGGGAGGCAAAACGUGUCGUGUGUGUCUGUAUGUGUUAACGUGAAAUUGGUGUUCAAUGAGUGCUAAGGUUAAGGACGAGACCAAAUGGGCUGUACCGGAUACGCCGAGCGGUCGCUCGGAGUCGUUGAGCAGAGUCCGAGGUACAGCUGAUUCGUUUUUGAGGACCCUCAAAAGACAUUCGUUACGAGUACGCCGAUCCAGAUCAUUGGCAGUUGCCGAAAAACGUAAAUCUGAUUCAUUCGUAAAUAGUCAAGAAUGGACGUUAUCUCGUUCAGUACCGGAUUUGCGAGUCGGUAUCGUAGGUUCUUUAUCAUCCGGCAAAUCGGCCUUGGUACAUCGAUACCUUACUGGCUCUUAUAUGCAAGAGGAAUCGCCGGAAGGGGGUCGUUUCAAAAAAGAAGUUGUUAUCGAUGGGCAAAGUCAUUUAUUGCUGAUUAGAGACGAAGGUGGAUUACCCGAGUUACAGUUUACGUCGUGGGUCGACGCGGUCAUAUUUGUGUUCAGUUUAGAAAACGAAGCUAGUUUCAAUUCGAUUUACAGUUACUACGCGGAGCUGUCGCAUUAUCGCAAUACAGCCGAUAAAGAUAUACCUAUAAUACUGGUCGGAACGCAAGAUGCGAUUACCGAGACGAAUCCUCGAGUUAUUGACGACGCCAGAGCUAGAAAAUUGGCAACGGAUCUGAAACGUUGUACAUAUUAUGAAACUUGCGCCACAUAUGGGCUGAACGUUGAACGUGUUUUUCAAGAUGCGUGCCAGAAAAUCAUCCAGCAAAGGUUGACCAGUUCGGUUUACUCGUCGGCAUCGGAUUCGCGUCCAGCUACCCCCGGUACGCCUAGCACAGCUAGUUCGAUGUCGCUGAAUCAUUUCAAUAGUAUGAAACAUCUCGCGUCGCCUUCGCCGUCGCCGUGUUCUAAUUUGAUUAUACCGACGACGCCGUAUGGAGUAUAUACGUCACCUAAUUCACCCAAUCAUCUGCCGUACUCGAUGCCUUGUAAGGAUUCGUUGCUGAAUUCUUCGAGGAUUAAUCUAACGUCUUCGAUUGGUAAUCUGAGCAGGCAUCCUCAAGAAUUGACCAUUUCUUUGGAUGGUUCCAAGCAAGUAGAUAGUUUUCCUAAAGAUCUACCUACUCCGAGCUCUACGCCGACUACAUCCAGGAAAAUCAGAAGAAGAUCUAAUCUAUUCAUGACGUCGUCUAAAAAAGGCGAAGAUAAGCUGAAAAACGGCGAACUGGGGAGCGGUAGAGCGAUCCCCCUGAAGCAGGGAUAUCUUUACAAGAAGAGCAACAAAACGCUCAAUAAAGACUGGAAAAAGAAAUACGUCACAUUAUGCGAUGAUGGAAGACUCACCUAUCAUCCUAGUUUACACGAUUACAUGGAAGAAGUCCACGGUAAAGAAAUCUCGUUACAAUACGUAACGGUGAAAAUCCCAGGUCAAAAGCCACGUGGUUCAAAAACCGUAAACACUUCUUCUAUAAACGACUCAUUCGUUAAUUUUAGCAUUUCAAAUUCUCAGUAUAAAGAAAAACGAUGUUCCGAUAAAGUAUUCUUAACGGCGUACGAAGUAUUAAAGGAACCCAACUCAAAGGUGACCGGUGUAAGCGAAGAUUCGGUCAUGAUUAUGUCUAAUAAUUCGUUGACAUUUACAAAUGGAUACUCGGAGGGUAAAGCAGAAACACCUCAUGUUAAAAAACGUCACCGAAGAUUGAAAAGCGCCAAUGUUAAGAAUCAAGAUAACGAAGAUUAUGACGGUUACGAGUUCCUAAUUGUAUCUUUGGAUAAUAAACAAUGGAAAUUCGAAGCUUCCAGCAUCGAAGAAAGAAACGAAUGGGUUGCCGCUAUCGAACAACAAAUUCUAGCCUCGUUACAAGGUAACGAAAGUAAUAAAGGCAAAUCACGUUUGAAUUCGUCGCUCGAAGCUGCGACUAUUUUAUCAAUCAGAACAUGCGUUCCUGGUAAUUCCGCUUGCGUCGACUGCAAUGCUCCGAAUCCUGAUUGGGCUAGUUUGAAUAUCGGAGUUUUGAUGUGCAUCGAGUGCUCGGGUAUUCACAGAAAUCUCGGGUCUCAUAUAUCGAAAGUUCGAUCGUUAGAUUUAGACGAAUGGCCACCGGGACAUUUAAGCGUUAUGCUAUCGAUUGGGAAUUCGCUGGCGAAUUCAGUGUGGGAAGCUGGUGCUUCGAGUCGUGAGAAACCUUCGUCGAAAUCGAAACGCGAACAGAAAGAACAAUGGAUCAAAAGUAAAUACGAAACCAAAGAAUUUUUACCAUCGGUGCCGAAUUCUUCUUCGAUUACUCAGCAGUUGGCUGAGGCAAUAUUAAGGAAUGAUAUGCGAAUGGUGGUUUUACUCUUAGCUCACGCUACCGUGGACGACAUAAAUGCUCCGAUCAACAGUCGCGAUCUCAGAAGACCUUUACACGUAGCUUGUAGCGUUGCCUGUCUGCCAAUAGCUCAGCUUCUAUUAUGGCAUAACGCGGACGUUAAAAUAGUCGAUCACGAAGGGCGAACGUGUCUGAGUUACGUGCAUAAUGCGAAACCGCAAUCGGAUUCGAAUGGCGCAAGUGUUGCCAUAUUGAAGGAUUUAUUAAUCAACAGCGGGUGCCCGGAUAGUAAUAAUUUCAACGGUAAAUCUAAUAAUUGCGCUGGUACUUUAUCCAGGCAAAAAAAUCACGUACCACCUUUAGAUAAAUUACCAUCGAGCGUAAUAUAAAGCUUAAAAGGGGGGGUUCAAUUUCCCUAUCUGUAUCCGUCUAUCUUUCUCACUCCCUCCUAUCGUUUCUAAUCUGUAUUUUCAUCUUGAAAAAUACCUACAUUCAUGUUCCUUUCUAUUUAUAAUGAAAUUCAAAAUAACGAAUUGGUGUAUU